AUGCCUGACUUCAUAGACUCCCUCACCCUAGCUGAACCCAGCGGUCCCUCCCUGCUCGCCGCUGAGCGUGCCCGCUCAAACAUCUCAAUCAACGAACUGGCAAAUCACCUUCUCGGCCAUGAUGGUUUCUUACAACGCCAGUCCAAGGUCCUUCCGAUUAUCCUUUCCGAGCCGCUGUUCAAGAAGUCAACACAAGCAAAUAUCUCCCGGCCCGAGCGCUUCAAGCUCGCACUCGCGCGUGGGAAACUCCUCCGCCGCCUCGCCGACAAACAUGGCUGGACACACGCCGAACAUGAGAUGGCGGAGUACCUCGUCGACGAUGUCAGUCCGUACAUGCUGCACAUGGGAAUGUUUGUGACGACAAUCAGAGAGCAAGGCAGCGACGAACAGCGAGCGCAGUGGUUACCAAAGAUCGAAAAGUGGGAGAUCAUCGGGGCGUAUGCGCAGACGGAGCUUGGGCAUGGGAGUAAUGUGCGCGGACUGGAGUGUCAGGCAAGGUGGGAUGCGACCACUAGGGAGUUUGUCCUGCAUAGUCCAACCCUUACGGCCAGUAAAUGGUGGAAUGGGACGCUGGGGCGGACGGCGAAUUUUGCAGUUGUGGUCGCGCAGUUGAUGCUUCCCGAUCCCAAGGCCAAGGGACAGAAUGAAAAGGAGACCAAGUAUGUCUCAUACGGCCCUCAUCCGUUCCUGGUCCAGGUGCGCGAUCUCAAGACACAUCAGCCGCUUGAGGGGAUUGUUAUAGGCGACAUUGGACCGAAGUACGGCUAUCCGAGCAUGGACAACGCGUAUAUGCUGUUUGAUAGUUUCAGGAUCCCGCACUCUGCCUUACUCUCCCGAUACUCAUCCGUCGACCCAGAGACAGGGCUCUACUCGAAACCCGCCCAGCCAACUGUCGUAUACGGAACCCUCACAUACAUGCGCUCGAAAAUAAUCCAACACGCCCGCCUGGUUCUUGCAAGGGCUGUGACGAUUGCCGUCCGGUACACAGCUAUCCGUCGCCAAUUCGCAGACCGCGACAGUCCACCAGAUGACAAAAGCACCGAGCUGCCAGUACUCGACUACCCAACCGUCCAGAUUCGCAUCUUACCUCUACUUGCCACGACAUUCGCGCUUCACUAUACCGGGCUAGCUAUGCAGAAUAUCUACAACAACACACGUAAGGAGAUCGAAUCCGGCGACUUUGGUUCUCUCGCGUACAUGCACAGCAUGUCCUCCGGACUCAAGAGCCUGUGUACAACUCUGGCAGCAGACGGGAUCGAGACCUGUCGCCGCGCACUGGGAGGCCAUGGAUACGGAGGUGGAAGCGGCCUUGUCCAGUUGAAUACGGACUACCUGUCGAAGGUCACGGUCGAGGGGGACAAUUGGAUGAUUACGCAGCAGACCGCUGCCUAUCUGAUCAAGAAAGUGGCAAUCGCACUUAAUCCAGCCGCUAAAGGGAGCGGGAGCGAUGAGAUUGAUUUGCAGUUUAGGACCUAUCUGCCAAGGGUUCAAGCGGAGGAUAACACCGUAUGCGAGUACGAUAUCCUUCGAAAUGAUUGGGACUUGGUUAGGGCUUUUCAGCAUAGAGCUACGGCGUUGGCUUAUGACGCCUACCAAGAUCGCGUGGUCAGAAAGAAGGGGUGGACGUCUCUCAUGGUGAACCUCCACAAACUGAGCAGAGCACAAUCCCAGUGCGUCCUUGUUACGCAAUUCUACCUAGCACUAACCUCAAACACCGAUCUAUCGAAACCGGCGACGGAUGUCCUAUGGGACCUCUACCGUCUAUUUGCACUCUUCACACUAGAAGCGGACAGAUACGAGUUCUUCGCCUGCAACGCCGCAUCAAAGCCCGACCUUGAUGCCAUCCCCGAACGAAUCAACGACCUGAUGUCCCGCAUCCGUCCUCACGCCGUCCGCCUGGUUGAUGCGUGGCAGAUCCCGGACUAUCUCUUGGACAGUGCCCUUGGGCGUUCCGACGGCCGCGUCUACGAGGAUCUGUUCAACCGAGCGCACCGGCUCAACCCACUGAAUAAGAUUACUGUCAAUCCGAACUACUGGGAUGAUGAGAUUGUCAAAGGGGAAGGAGGAGGCGGAGAGGAUAUGAAGAGUAUUCUCGCAAAAUUAUAG